CUUCACCGCUCUCAAUGAAUUUGCUGUAAUCCAGAAGCUCUCCAUACGCUCUCCACACGCUCUCCACAUUCUUAGCCUCCUCGCCACUCGCUCUUCCUCAUUCUCUCUCUCGCCGUCUUCGUUUCCCCUCUUGCGACUCCCCCACCCAUCGCCAUGGCCGCCGCAGCUAUGACCAGCAUUGUGCCUGUGGCAUCCAUUGCCCCCGUCUCCAAGGUCGCCAACGUGCGCCCCUCGUCGGUGUCCGUGGCGAAGGCUUUCGGUUUGAAGAGCAGGAGCAUGGGCCGCCUUACCUGCAUGGCCACCUACAAGGUCACCUUCCUGGACGGGGAGACUGGAGCGGAAAAUGUCGUCGAAUGCUCUGACGAGGAGUACGUGCUGGAUGCCGCUGAAAGGGCCGGAAUGGACCUGCCUUACUCCUGCCGUGCCGGAGCUUGCUCCUCUUGCGCCGGUAUAAUCAAGGCCGGAGAGGUUGACCAGAGUGACCAGAGUUUUUUGGAUGACUCUCAGAUUGAUGAUGGUUUCGUGCUGACCUGCGUGGCUUACCCAGUCAGCGACUGCACCAUCCUCACCCACCAGGAGGAGAACAUGUAGAGGACUCAGGGGUAUGGUUUGAGGAGACGAGGCGUUGUAGAGUAAUUACAUUAAUCACAUUUUUGUUUUCUAACAUCUUCAUGGUGUAAGUGGACCCCCAAUAAACCAAGUUUUGAAUUGAUGAUUGACGAA